UCAUCUUCUAUACUACCUGAUAUUUCACAAGCAUGAAGGCUCAGCAGACAGGUGACUCACCGGAAGUUGAUGUUACACGGAAUGGCUCAGGUGUGGGUUGGUUAAGACCGUACUUUACUGUCGAUGCCACAUGUUGUCUGAAUAUACGAGAGACAUUUAUUCAGCCAUUCAAGUGCAUUUCUGACAUCUCUGAUGUAGACAGGAUGGCAGAUGAGUUUAAUUUCCAGCACUUCAGCAUCCUGCAUCAUGGACUACCACCUCCAGCCACGAAAAAACUCAAGAGAUAAACGUAUAUGUUGGAUACGGACGCCUACAUAAUACAGUCAACUAUGGAAAACAUGAUUUAAAAGCUGAUUUUUUUUUUUUUUUUUUCCCUGAAGUAUCAAUUUUGUUUUUUGUUUUGAGUCAUGUAUUCUCCUCUGUUGCUCUUCAUUGUCCUGCAUGGCAUCUUCCUGGUGUGUGCCUACAAUGGAUGGAGCAGUCUGAAAAGUAUCCCACGAAAAACCAUUCAGUAUGAAGAUAACCAUGUGAUCACGUUUAAAGAGGAAGGUGUUUGGAAUUACUCCACAGUGCUGAUUAGGGAGGAUCUGGGUUUGCUGGUGUUGGGGGCGAGAGAGGCUGUCUACGCCCUUGACAUAAACGAUAUCAGCGUUGCCAAGUCUAAGGUGCUCUGGAAAGUUUCAGAGGAGAAACAAAAGGAAUGCACCUCUAAAGGAAGACAUCCUGACAUCGACUGUCGAAACUAUGUGCGGAUGCUGCAUCAAAUAAACGACAGCGUGAUGUACAUGUGCGGGACAAAUGCCUUUAGCCCCACCUGCGAUUACAUAACAUAUGGUGACGGGCAGCUGAAACUAGAGGGAAAGCAGGAAGACGGGAGGGGGAAAUGUCCUUUCGAUCCAUUCCAGAGAUCCUCUUCCGUCAUGGUUGAUCAAGACCUGUAUUCUGCCACGUCCUUAAACUUUCUGGGUUCAGAGCCGGUCAUUCUCCGCACCUCUCCCAUUACACUGCGGACAGUGUUUAAGAGCUCUUGGCUCAAUGAGCCAAACUUCGUCUACAUGGAUGUGGUCCCAGAAAGCGAGGACAGUCCUGAGGGUGACGAUGACAAGGUCUACAUGUUCUUCAGUGAGAACGCCGUGGAGUACGACUUCUACAACAAGCUUGUGGUGUCGCGUGUUGCCAGAGUCUGCAAGGGUGACAUGGGUGGUCAAAGGACCCUCCAGAAGAAAUGGAGCUCUUUCUUGAAGGCUCGUCUGGACUGCUCUGUCCCUGAACCCAGCCUGCCCUACAUCAUACAGGACGUCUUUCAUGUCCGUCACAAAAAAUGGAGGAAAAGUGUCUUUUAUGCAAUUUUCACCUCUCAGUCGAGCUCAACAGAUCGGUCUUCGGCAGUAUGUGCAUACGAUGUGACUGAUAUCAGCGAGGUGUUCUCACGUGGCAAAUUUAAGACAGAGGUGACUGUGGAAAUGUCUGAUGUGAAGUGGGUUACGUACAACGGAGAGCUUCCUGUCCCUCGACCAGGAGCUUGUGUCAACAAUGCAGCGAGGAGUUCAGGAAUAAUGCGGUCACUGGACCUCCCUGAUAAAAAUCUACAGUUCAUCCGAGACCGCCCCCUCAUGGAUGACGCCGUCCGACCAAUCACAGGCAAGCCCCUACUGCUCAAGAGAGGCCCGCUGUUGACCCACCUCGUCGUAGACCAUGUAACUGCAUCGGACGGAGAGUCCUAUCCUGUGAUGUUUGUCGGCACAGAAAAUGGUUAUGUUCAGAAAGCAGUGAACUAUGAUGGAGAAAUGCACAUUAUUGAGGAAGUAAAACUGUUUCAGAAUGCUGAGCCAAUUGACGUCCUAAGACUUCACCAGAAUCAGUUGUAUGCAGGCUCUGCAUCUGGGGUUGUCCAGAUGCCCGUCAGCAACUGCAGUCGUUAUUCUUCCUGUCUGGACUGUGUGCUUGCCAGAGACCCUUACUGUGCCUGGGACAUCCCAGAUCAACGGUGCUCUAGAGUACCCACAUCACCUGAGGAUGGAAAAAUCAAUCUGAUACAAAGUCUAAAGGAAGGGGAUGCCACUCGAUGCCCAACAACAGCUCCCAUGGAACCAAAGAUUCGCAGCCUAGUGCUGGGAAACAACAUAAAGUUGCUGUGUCAUCCAGACUCUAACUUGGCCCAGGUCAAUUGGAACUUUGCUGGAAAGCCACUUCCCUACUCAAACAGGAAGUAUACUAUUUAUAAUGAUGGCAUCCUUAUCUACAACGCCUCUGUCGCUGACGCUGGACACUACACCUGCACGUCAGUCGAGCGGGCGAAAGGGAGAGACUACACCCAAACGCUGGCCAUUUAUGACUUGUGUGAACAAUCAUCAGUAGUUGUGACAGAUAAGAUCAAGACCACACUGGGAAUCCUUCCUGAAAGCCACACGACAUCAUCAAGUUUGCAUAAAUCCAAAGAGCCUCCAUGGUAUUCAAGAACUGAGAGCAGUGAGAGUAAAUGGAUAGCAAUGCAAGUGGCGUUGGCCGUGCUGUCAGUUAUGAUGGUAUGUCUGCUGAUCUGGAACCUGUACAUGGGCCACAUCUCUCCAUUUAUGUGCUGUGGGAGGCAACUAAUCAAAAGCCCCAGGAAUCUUCCAGAAAGGGAAUACAUGCACACAGGAAAUGAUGCUAUAGACAGUAAACAGCAAAUGGUCAGGUUGUGUGUCACGACAAACAGUGGUCUAGAAGCCACAAGCUUCCACAGGAAUACCACCAUUGGGGAUACACCAACGGACAUGCAUGUUUUUAAGUACAUUACAGACGAGUCGGAGAUUUAAGUUUUUUUUUUUUUACAUAAUUUUGUAUAAUUUUUAUACUUAUUUAUUUUUAUAAAUAAUAAAAGAAAAUGAAUUUUUUCACAUAAUUGCUGUUUAAAAUGCAGUGCAAGUAAGUAAAACUAAUUGAAAUUCAAAGAAAUGCAUACAUUUUUAACUUGAAAAGCAAAGCAAAAGACAAACUUUGAAUGUUCAGCUAACAUAGCUUUGUUAGAAACUUUAGGUACAUUUGAAAAGACAGUUGCUGCCCUAUUAAGAAAGAAUUAAGGUAAACAUCUUGCCAAUUAAAAGCUGCGUCCAAAAACAAAAAUACUGUUCGAGUAGCUAUUAAAUUUAAUAGGGAAGUGCUUUAACAACAUUCACUCUCUCAGUACCUUGGCCUUGCAGAUCAUAAUUUUUGGUGCCGUGACCCGGUGUGGUACUGAAGUACACAUUUCUUAACAAUUAUGUCUGUUCUCUCUCUUUUUCACCUCAAUUAAAGGGAUAGUUCACCCAAAAAUGAAAAUUACCCCAUGAUUUUCCAAGCUCUAUAAUGGCAGUGAAUGGGUGCCGAGAUUUUGAAGCCCAAAAAAGUGCAUCCAUCCAUCAUAAAAAGUGCCCCACAUGGCUCUGGGGGGUUAAAUAAAGGCCUUCUAAAGUAAAUCGAUGCAUUUGUCUAGCUUCCGCUUACUGUUGCAUGCGCAUUCGUGAGAGUGUGGCAUUCCAGCAGAUGACGUAGGUGUAGCUUGAGCUCCGGUGAGCAUAUGCUAGUCUCGUGAGAACCAAGUUUUGUUUACAGCAAAAGAAAACCAGUCUCCUCUUGACUUAUAUCGAAAUCCUCCGACAUAUUUCUUUACAAAUCCUCAUUUUGUACUUCUAAUUCAUAACCGGUGUUUUGUUUUGCUCUUUUCU